GCCCAGGUGCAGGAGUGGAACGUGGAGGCCCCCCACCUGAUGCCGCUGCAGCCGCCGCUGCUGCCGGCGCGGGCGCACGUGCGGGAGGCGCAGCUCCACUCCGCCGAGGCCUCGCUCUGGACCGUGGUGGCCACGGUGCAGGCGAUGGAGAGGAAGAUCGACCUCCUCGCCACCCGCCUGCUCAGCCUGGAGGGUCGGUCCGGCACGGCUGAGAAGAAGCUCCUGGACUGCGAGAAGACGGCCAUGGAGUUCGGGAACCAGCUGGAGAGCAAGUGGGCCGUGCUGGGCACCCUCAUCCAGGAGUACGGGCUGCUCCAGCGGCGCCUGGAGAAUGUGGAGAACCUGCUGAAGAACAGGAACUUCUGGGUGCUGCGGCUGCCCCCCGGCCCCCGGGGCGAGGUCCCCAAGGUGCCGGUGACGUUUGUUGACAUUGCCGUCUACUUCUCGGCAGAGGAGUGGAAGAAUUUGGAGGAGUGGCAGAAAGAGCUGUACAAUAACCUGGUGAAGGAGAACUAUGAGUCUUUGAUCUCCCUGGACGGUGCCCUCUCCAGAAGCGAGGCGCAGCCCCGCAGCGAGCGCGGGGAGGGACCCUGCGUCCCCGAGCAGAGGGAGCUGGAGCAGAGGGAGCUGCCGCCGGACGCCUGCGCGGCCGCAGCCUGCUGCCAGCUAAGUCUCUCCUUGAAAACAGAGUCGCUGAUCUCCACCUCCGACAUCCUGUCCCGGAUCAAGCAGGAGGUGGCCUUCGUCGGGGAGCAGCAGUUUGCGGAGGAGCGGGGGAUGCCGGCGGACCCCUGUGCAGGCGCGGACGCCCUGAUCACAGCGCACGACUUCUUGUCGUGGAUCAAGCAGGAGGAAGAGCCCUGCGUCCGCGAGCCCUGGGAGCUGCCGGAGAGGGAGAUGCUGACGGGUCCUGGUCCUGGUCCCGCCGGCGAGGGGCUGCUGGUGAAGACGGAGGAGCGGUGCCCCCACGCCGAGCCCCCCGAGGAGGUGGGCUUGCCGGGCGCCUCCGGGGAGCUGCUCUUCCCCGGCGCGGGCUUCGGGAGCCCCGAGGGACAGGCAGCGGUGGCGGCGGCGGUGGCGGUAGUAAUCCUACUCGACUAG